AUGGGAGCGAACAGCGGCUCGUCCGUAUCCGCCUUUACUACAUCGUCAACGAUCCCUUUCUGGCUCAAAGGCAAGCAAGUGAUAUCCGCCGAGACAUUCGAUGUAAUUUCUCCUCUUGAUCAAAACCCCCUGUACAAAUGCUCUUCUGCCUCUGAAGAGGAUGUACUCAGAGCAGUCAAUGCCGCGAAAGAGGCAUACGUACCUUGGUCUCGAACCAAGCCAGACACUAGAAGAGACAUCUUUCUUCGAGCCGCAGAACUAUUUGAAAAAAGAAGAAAAGAGAUGUUUCACUACAGCCACACCGAAACGGGCGCAGCACAGAACAUCUUCGACAUCGAGCAUGGCUUUGCCGCCAAUGGGUGCCGAAGUAUUGCGGGCCUAAUCCAGGUCGCGACUACAUCGUCGAUGCCCAUCGUUGCCGAGGAGGGUCGCCAUGCUAUGUUGGUUAAAGAGCCUUAUGGUGUUGUUUUGGCAAUAUCUCCUUGGAAUAUCCCCAACGUGUUGGGUCUACGUGCUUGUUUGCAGCCCCUAGCGAUGGGAAACACGGUGGUUCUGAAGGGCCCAGAAGCAGCCCCGGGAACUCUGUGGGCCAUUGCGUCUAUCCUUCACGAAGCCGGUCUUCCGGCAGGCUGCCUCAAUACGCUGUACCAUCGACCAGCUGACGCCGCCAAGAUCACAAACAUGUUGAUUGCGCAUCCGGCAAUCAAGAAGAUCAAUUUCACCGGCUCAACGCCUGUGGGUGCCGUCAUUGCCCAGCAAGCGGGUAAACACCUGAAGCCAACUGUCAUGGAACUCGGUGGUAAAAACCCUGUGAUAGUAUGCGAGGAUGCCGAUGUCCAACAGGCUGCUCUCAAAUGCGCAAUGGGUGCCUUUUUGCAUUCCGGCCAAAUUUGCAUGUCUACUGAGCGUAUCAUUGUCAACGCCAAGAUUGCCGACACCUUCCGUUCAGCUCUUUGCGCUGCCAUGCUCAAAUUCUUUGCGGAUCAAGGCACUGAUGCGGCACAGCUCGUGAAUACUACUGCUGUGGAGAAGAACCAAUGGCUACUCAAAGAUGCAUUGACCAAGGGAGCCAAUCUUGCCAACAACAUUGCUCAUGGUGUUGAAUAUGGUGGCACGCGAAUGCAGCCAGUCGUAAUAGAGCAUGUCAAGCCUGGUAUGGAAAUCUACAACACUGAGUCAUUUGGGCCGACGGUGUCUCUUUUUGUGGUCGACACUGAUGAGGAGGCUGUCGCAAUUGCAAAUGGCACCCCCUAUGGCUUAUCCAGCGCUGUGUUCACAGAAGACCUCCGUCGUGGCUUCAAUAUUGCCCGUGCGAUAGAGUCAGGUGCUGUACAUAUUAACUCCAUGACUGUACAUGAUGAGCCAGCACUGCCUCAUGGAGGAGUGAAGAGUAGUGGAUGGGGACGGUUCAGUGGUUUGCAAGGGCUUGACGAGUGGGUUCAGACAAAGGUAGUGAGCUGGAGGGAUUAA